UUCCGGCCCGUUUAAUCGACGACAAGCGUCAUAAGCGCGCGAAACAAGCGGAACUCAUCACACGCGGAUGAAGUCAACUUGAAACUUCUUUUCCAUCGAUUUGAAUCUCACGGUCGACGCAGAAUUAAACUCAAAACAUGGGGUCUUGUCUUGCUUCCGGGGCGUAUUUAUCCACCCCAACUUGAGCUUAACUCUAUCUAUCCAUGAAUGUAAAACCCAGCGACCUUCACCAGCUCAAAUCAUAACUACUACAUUAUAUCUAGCUUGCAAAAUAACCUAGGAAUUUAGAGGUAGAGGAUUCGACGCCCCACACAGCGUCAUUGCAUUGAGUUCGGAAACAGUGAUCAAAGGUGUACAGUCAUCAACCCCUCGGCGCUUCCCGAUGGAGAGCCCCGCGGUUACCCCGGAUAUCGCAACUCAACACCUGCAUCCAUUGCUGCUACUCCACUGUUCCUGUCCCGCUUUUAUCAGGUAUUAUAACUAUAUCUGUGCUACUUCUUUCCAAAAAUUGUUUGAUUCUCUAUUUCUCACUUCAUCCUUAUCCAUGUAAUAUUCCAAGCUGAUUACCCACGAAAUUCAAUUCAUUCGCCCCCUGGCCACCCACCCUACAUUGCCGGCCCGAAAAGCUCUCCAUCGGGAAAAUAUUACCCACUGCCGAAAGUUGAAGCAAACGGACAAUUAAAACAUCCCGGAACCGAAACCGAGUGUCGAAUUUUACUACUGAAUAAGAAAAAUUAAAAAUUAAAAAUUAAACCCUUGAAGAAGCAGCGCCAUAGCUUCAUUCCCCCAGAAACCGAAAACAAACCACUCCUCCACAUUAAGUAAUCACCGACCGAAGGGAGAAAAAAAAACAACAAAAAAAGGGAAAAUGACAGACCGCGACCCUAUAACCUGCCAUGUUCUGAACACCAUCAACGGCACCCCAGCCCCCGGGCUCGCCUGCACCCUCACCCUCCACAGCAUCCUCCUGCCCCCGGGCGUCCCGCAACCCGCCAACCUCCCCGUAACCCUCCACGCCGCCACCGACGCCGACGGCCGCAUCAAACACUGGCUCCCAUACUCUACCUCAUCGUCUGCUUCCACAUCUUCCCCAACCUCCACGACCUCCCCCCCCACCACGGGAACCGCAACGACAUCCCCAACAACCACCCCCUCAGCGCCAACCACGGCAGCAGCCACCGCAGGCCCCUCCAUCCGCUCCCUCCUCGCCUCCAUCCACGAGCAGCACAGCGGGCAGCAGCGGUCGAUCUGGUCGCUGCGUAUCCGGAAUGUGGGCGAGUGGUACGCUGAGCAAGGGGUGGAGAGCUUCUGGCCGGAGGUUGAGGUGCGGUUUUUGGUCAAGGGGAGUGAGCGGUGGGAUGGGUGGAGGCAUUAUCAUGUUCCGGUAUUGUUGGGACCGUGGAAUUAUGGGACGUAUCGGGGGUCAUAAAGGGGGUUUUAAUUGUGCUUAGAGGAGUUGGUGGGGGUUUCUUCCCUUGGGGGAAAGGGGAGAGGGGGUUCUUUUGCUUCUUUCCUUGCUCCCCUUUUGUGUGAAGUGUUGUUUUCCUGGAUGAGAUGGAUAAUGGAGGAUUGUUGCGUUGGGUGGAGGUAAUUAUCCUUUAUUGUUUUGUAUCUUUCUCUAUUUCUUCCGCGCUUGUUAUCAAAAAAUUGAUGGGAGUAUUUUGCAGCAGGGAACUGCAAUCGUCACACAAAGUUACGGGUAGUUUCAACUUGCGCAAGUCGGGCCCGAUGUAUCUGCUACUAUUUAAUUUCCUCCUGAUGAGCUUUGUUGAAUAAUAAUAAUUAUUAAAUAAUCUAUGCCUCGUUGAACCGUUUGUAUGCAUGCGCUAAUGCCCUUCUUUUUUGUCUACCCAGGUAGCACAUGUUGCUUUUCCCUCUGUUAUGGCAGGGAAGGUGACACAGUGCCUGAAGCGUUGUUUCACUCAAGUUGAAAAUUAACAGUGCAGGUGAGAUUGAUGGCUUUUGAUAGCAGCUGUACUAUCAUUACUUUUAGACGCGCAUAUUAAGCUAGAAGGGUAAGUGAAAGGGAAGCUGCAAUGAACAGAUAAUGCAAAGCAUACAUAGGAAGCUCUACCCUUCCUCUACAUAAUAUAGCCAAUAGUUAACCUCCCCGAUCAAAUAUCAAAUGCCCUUCUCGAUCAACCUUGUACCGCCACACCAAAAUUUGUAUGUAGUUAGUGUUACAUUUGAAACAAACAUAACAAACAAAUUAAGGUACUGCAUAUGAAUUUUGGUGUGGCAGUACAAGGUGAUUGAGAAGGUUAUUGGCUGUUAUAGUAACAUAUAUUUCUUAUAUAUUUGCUAAAAUUGUUUCUGUAGUUAUGAUAUUUUGAACCCUCUACAGCAUACUCCCUCUGUAUUUCCCCCAGAUUCUUAACACAAACACUUGCAGCCAGAACACACGUCAUCAUCCACGGCGGGAAACUGGUUCUGUUGGGGUCCCAAUCGGACAAUAAUCUAGGCUAAUCGUGCCCAACAUGGCCAGUCUCGCUAGCUUAUAUAAUUUAGCGUGACCCCGCCUUAUUCUUCUGGGAUAUUUGUGAUUAGAACGUAUUUUGCAAGGCUCACACGGAAA